UUGCGACCUUUUGCACUUUUUCAUUAUUUUAAUGCCGUCCAAUAAUCCUCCAUGAGAUAUUUUCGCCUCAAACUUACACCAACUCUCUUAUUAUGCGCGUGCUAUUCAAUCCUUCACCCUCUUUCUUCUCUCUGUCCUUGUUCACAAAAUCAACGCUCAACGAUAUCGCGUGAAUGAGCAGUGUCGCAUCAUGGUUUUAGUCAUCUCUGUGAGCUGCCACAAGCACACGGAAAUGAGGAAGAAAAAAUCUAAUCUGCAGAAGAUAUGUAUACACUUUUCUAUCUACACCUCCCCAGAAAACAGAGCAUAUGUAUUUAUGACACAAAUUAGUGCUGAUUAUAUUAUGUAGAUUAUCGUUAAUCAGCAGUUGAAUUCAGCAUGGAAGAAACUUCAAACCUCAAACGCCGUCGUCAAACCCUAGCCAAAGCUCAAUCACUUAACGUUCCAACUACCACCACUGCCUCGACUAACGACCGCCGGCGCCGGCGCGGCGGUUAUAGCUCUGCCGUUGAAGCGUAUUACACCGAGGAGCACAGGGACGAGAACGCGGACGGCGGUAUGGAGGAAGACAACUCCGAGAUGUGGAACGACUUCUCCAACAGAUUCCGGCAAGUGCAGUCGGUACUGGAUCGGAACAGAUUGUUGAUUCAGCAGGUCAACGAGAAUCAUCAGGCGAGAUCGCAUAACAAUAUGGUGCAGAACGUGGGUCUGAUUCAGGAGCUUAAUGGCAACAUUUCCAAGGUCGUUUCUCUGUAUUCUGAUCUAUCCACCAAUUUCUCCACCGUGUUUCAUCAGGGAAACGAUGCCAUUGGAGAUGAGAACAACGACCAGAGACACCUAUGAGGCUUCUCUAAAUUUUCUACCAUAAAUAUUUUAACUUCCUUUUAAUCCUAGUAUCUAGCUAGUUCGCUUUAUUGGAUUGAAAACUUUUGGUUGAAAUAUCACGAAUAACGCUCUCAAUGUCUGCCGAGCUGCGCGUUGUGUCACUACCUGAUGUUGCUCUGUUAUCUAGAAAUCAUUUACAUACCUAUUUUGGAGAUGAAAAAUCGAGAACUUACGUAGUUUGUAUUAAACAUUAGUAAUAAGAGCAAGUUUGUUCUAAAUUCUUAUUAAGGUUUGAGCAUGUAAUACUUAAAAUCAUCUGGUACUGCUAGUAGUCUUGAAGAAUGA